UUCCUAAUAAUAGAAAAAAGUAAAAAAGCAAGUUUUAUUUGUGUUUCUGGGAGAGAAGAAAGAGCUUUCGUUUGUUCACACGUUGUUCCAAAAACCAAUCGGGCUGUCUUGUCAAAACGACCUUCUCUUGUCGUUGACGUUGACAGCCCAAUUCAUUUCCUUUUCAAUUUUCAAUUUCACAUUCCAAAGGUUCAAGCGUUGAAAUUUUCUACAAUGAGUUCGUUUUCUGGAGCAAUUCAGAGACCCCUUGUGGCUGCUGCUGCUGUUGCCGUUGCUUCUUUUUCUUCUGAUAUCUCUGAUAAAUUUCCAUUCAUUGGAUCAUCCCGUGAUUGUUUAACCUCCAAUUCGGAACAUUCUCCCAAUUCUAAUUCUUUGCAGGAAUCACAUUCAUCGUUUGUUUCUCAUAUUUCUGAUUCUAAACUUGCAAAUUUAUAUUUUGUGACCAAAAUUCGGGUUCCUGUUCCGAGUGUUCGAUUUCGGGUGCCAAAUUUGGGGUCGAGUUUGUACUAUUCUUCGGUUGCUUCAUCGCCGCUUGUUCAGAAUUUGUAUCAUUCUGCUGAAUUGAAUAGGUUUUCAAGGCUAUCACCCUCGAAUUGUUCCCAUGGUGUUUUGAAUUCAACUUCUGAUGUUAUGUAUAAAUGGCAUUUGCCUGAUUCUAAUGCUUUUGGUGGUUCUUCGAAGACUGUGGUGGUUUUGCUUGGAUGGUUAGGUGCAAAGCAGAGACAUUUAAAAAAGUAUGCAGAAUGGUACACUUCAAAGGGAUUUCAUGUCAUUACUUUUACGUUUCCAAUGGGUGAGAUAUUGAGUUAUCAGCCUGGAGGAAAAGCAGAACAAAAUGUUCACAUGCUUGUGAAUCACUUGGCUGAUUGGUUAGAAGAGGAGAAUGAAAAGAAUCUUGUCUUUCAUACUUUCAGCAACACUGGAUGGUUAACGUAUGGGGUUGUUUUGGAGCGUUUUCAAAAUCAAGACCCAUCUUUGACCGAAAGGAUUAAGGGAUGCAUUGUAGAUUCGGCGCCUGUUGCGGAAGCUGAUCCACAGGUCUGGGCCUCAGGUUUCUCCGCAGCAUUUCUCAAGAAGAAUAGUGUAGCUACAAAAGGACGUGUAUCCUCUGAUGAGUCUGGCAUUAAAGUAUCCAUUGGCAGCAAUGAUGAUUCAGGACUCAAACCUGCACCAACAGAAGCAGCUUUGCUACUAAUACUAAAGAAAUUUUUUGAGGUCAUUUUGCAUCUCCCUGCAGUGAAUAGGAGGCUCUCUGAUGUUUUGAGCAUGUUAUCUACAAAUCAACCAGGUUGUCCACAAUUAUACAUGUAUAGCUCUGCCGACAGAGUUAUUCCGGCUGAUUCAGUGGAAUCAUUUGUUGAGGCGCAGCGUAAGGCUGGACAUGAUGUGAGGGCUUGCAAUUUUGUCUCGUCGCCUCAUGUUGACCACUUUCGAAAUGACCCGAAAUUGUAUACUUCUCAGCUCAGUCAAUUUUUGGACGAGUGUGUUGUUAAAAGUAGUAAAUCCCACUAACUCAUUUCUUUGGCUCACUCAUACAACAUAUAUAGUUUAUUCUUUUUGGUUUUUGAGAGAUGCCAUUCUAUUAAUUGAUGGUGGUUAGGACUUUCAAAAGUCAACUCCUUUAGGGGAUCAUAUAUUUGUUCAUUGACAGUUUAUCAUCAAUUCAUUGAUAGUGCAAAUGAAAGACAUUAUACAUUUUUCUUCCUUUA